CUGCUGACAAGGUGAAGACUGAACUCUGCGUGGCAGUAGCUAGCUGGUGUUUUCCAUAUGUUGUUAGUUUUGACAACUGUCUGACUGAGUUGAUCCAUUUCAUGUUUAGCAAACAGCUCUCAUCCAGGGCUCAGUUCCAGUGGGAGCCUCUGAUCUGCCCGCCUGACUGAUAAUCCACCUCCCGGUUGGUAACUCAUGACCUUGCAUCCCCGUGUCCUGAUGUGUCGGUGAUAUGGGAGAGUGGUGGACAACUGUGCCAAUAGGGACAUCUAUGGGAAACUAUGAGAUCUCCAGCAUAUCACAUGUGACGAUGUCCCCCUCGAGACAGAACAACCUCGUGUCAACGUACUCUGCUAUGCCCCUAUCCAAAAGCUCCUACAAUGUGAUAAGUGCCUUUUGCACAGAGGAUAAUAGUCCUCAGUGCAUUUCAUACAUCAAUCAGGAGCUCGACUCACUGGGCCUCUCCUCCACAUGUAUUGAGGCCAGCUCACCAGGGGAAGCCGGCCUGAGCACGGUGCCAUCACUGAAUGCCAUGUAUGAGCUCAUGCAGAUUCAUCGACGCGAUAUGUGCACUUUAGAAGAGCUUGAGAAAGAUCAGCUGAAGAAAUCCAGCACCUUGGACCACAUACAGAUGAACAAUUCCAGACUCAAGGAUCAGUUGGAACUGUCCAUAAGGGAGAAAUCUGGUCUACAUGAGACAGAGAGGCAGCUACAACUCAAAAUUAAGACCUUGCAGAGCUGCUUGAAAACAGAAAAGGAUGAGGUUCAGAAGCUCCAGAGCAUCAUUGCCAGCCGGGCCUCUCAGUACAGUCACGAUGCCAAGAGAAAAGAGAGAGAAGCUGCAAAGCUCAAGGAACGCCUCAGCCAGCUGCUGGUUGACAGAAAGGAUAAGAAACUAGCCAUCGACGCACUGAAUUGUUUGGGACGGUCGGAUGGAAAGAGGAGCCACUGGAAGACGGCAAAAGCGGCAGCCAGCCACGAGGGUGAGAUGUACAAGUCGUUGCUCAAUGACUACGAGACGAGUCAGAGGUCAUUGAUGGUGGAGAACGCUGAGCUUAAGAAAGUCCUCCAACAGAUGAAGAAGGAGAUGAUACACAUCCUGAGUCCACGGCAGUCCUCCACCAGAGGAGCCACUGCUGAUGACAGUCAGGAGCAGGCUGAUUCAGACGGGGAGGAGAAAGCGGGUGACUCCAGCAGGGAAGCUCUGGACCAAUCCUGUGAGCACGCCAGGGAGCAGCUCACCAACAGCAUCCGCCAGCAGUGGAGGAAACUGAGGAACCACAUGGAGAAGUUAGACAGCCAAGCCUUGCAAGUGCAGAAUCGGCUGGAGUCCAAUAAUGAGGUGAUACCAAGGGAGACCCACGAGGAUGAGAUGGAGAGGAUGAGGCGUGAAGUGCAGCAGUGCAAAGAGUUCAUUCAUGCACAACAACAGCUCCUCCAGCAACAACUCAACACAUCAUUUGAUGAUGAGACGGCAGUUCUUCUUAAUGACUGCUACACACUGGAGGAGAAGGAGCGUCUCAAAGAGGAGUGGAGGCUCUUUGAGGAGCAGAAGAGGAACUUUGAGAAGGAGAGAAAGAACUUCACAGAGGCUGCUAUUCGCCUGGGGCGAGAGAAAAAGGCCUUUGAGGAGGACCGCGCUUCUUGGCUCAAGAAUCAGUUUUUGAACAUGACUCCAUUUACAGACCGUAGAAGAUGUUCUUCAUCUGACGGUCAAAGUGCCUUAUCAAUCAGAAGUGAGCCAGAAAUGAGGAUGUCUUCCACGAAAGCUAAGCCGGUCAAAUCGUCAACGUACGCUACGUUCUCCACUCCUAAACCUUCACAAAGUGCUGCUGUGCCAUCCACAACCGACCUUUACCGGACACUCCGCCUGAUACCAGACAGCAGUUCUUCCAGACAUUCAAAUCGAGGACGCUGGCAAGAGUCCAGCACCAUUGAAGAUGGAGAUACUCGAGUCAAAUCAAAAAACAGAGUUCGAUGUGGAGACCUGAGUAUCUUCUCUUUGGGUGAAGAUGAGAACAGCCUCACUUGAAGAACGUCCAGUGCCUUUUUUAAUUUGUGAUUUCGCAAAUGGACUUAAGCAUCGAUUCAUGGCUGAACUCCAUCAUUACCACUGAUGAACCCCUACAUUAUUUUUGCAGCAUUUUUAUGAUGUUGCUUUGUUAUGGACACACGCACAAAUCAUUCACCAAAGCUGAUCAAAGAAGAAAGCACUUUAAUGGUUCUGCCAUUGUUCAUUUCUUUUUACAAACAAAUCAAAACUGAGUAUUCAGAUUUUAAGCUAUAUAUUCACAGGAGGGUAUAUCUACCAAGUAGUGAUUUGAACAUAGAGUAAGACAUCUUUUUACAUGUGGAUCAUAUUCAAUGUUUUAAAUUAACUUUAUGUUUACAUAUUCUAGAUGUAUAAGUUAUGGUUUUAAUAGCAUAUAUUGACAUAUGAUUGAUAAUGAUCUGCUCUGCUGGUGCACAAUAAAGAUAUUUUUAAUGAAA